AUGGACUCCAUGCCGGAUGAGUUCCAGCAGGUCCUUUCCAUCAGCCAGAUCCGUGCCACCCGUGCCACCAAUGACUACGUGGAGAGACCUGCCUGCAAAAAGGCCACUUCCAUGGUUGCGCUGUCCCAGACGCCGCCGGUCCAUAAAGUGGAGGUGACUCAGGAACGCCUGGUGUCCUCCGUCUUCCAGGAAUUUCACCCCAGCCAACCCCACCAGACACUCCUGCCCCAACAGCCUCUGAGCCAUUCCAGCACAGCCAGCUCCAUCUCCCACAGCACUGCCACGUCAGAGCAGCAGCUCCUCAGGGCCAUCACGCCAUCGCACUCCGGACACUCGCUCAUCCGGACGCAGCCUCGGGCAAGCGACCCAAAGGCCGAAGAGCUGCUGAAGGGGACCCCGGAGAAAUCCCCCACCCUUCACCCAGGCCAUCUCUUCAUCUGUGAAGAAUGUGGUCACUGCAAAUGUGCCCAGUGCGCCACUGCCCGCACCUUGCCCUCCUGUUGGCUCUGCAACCAGCGUUGCCUCUGCUCGCCGGAGAACCUCAUUGACUACGGGACUUGCCUCUGCUGCGUCAAGGGCAUCUUUUACCACUGCUCCUCGGAUGAUGAGGACACCUGUGCAGACGAUCCCUGCUCCUGUGGCCCUGGCUCUUGCUGCGCCCGUUGGGUGGCCAUGGGCUUGCUCUCCUUGCUCAUGCCCUGCCUAUGCUGCUAUCUACCUACCUUUGGUUGCCUCAAACUCUGCCAGAAGGGCUACGAUGCCGUCAAACGGCCAGGCUGCCGCUGCCAGAGCCACACCAAUACCGUUUGCAGGAAGAUCUCCCCGCCUAGUGGUCUCGCUCUCCCCAAAACUUUGGACAAACCAGUAUGA